GUGUAUGUUUCCCAGUUAUUUUAAUUAUUUACAUAUAGCAGUUAGGGUAACAUUAGCCCACUUACUAGCAAACAUUGCUAAUUCUAUUAUUUAUACACUGCGGUUAGGGUAGCAAUAGCCCACUACUAGUGAACAUGACUAAUUUGAUUUUACACAAUGUUUACUAUAGAAUUAGUUUGCUUACUUGCAAACACUGCAAAUUUUAAUGUUUACACAUAUAAUACUGGCUAAAGAAAAAAAAACAAGAAGAAGAAGCAAAUAGGCUAAAAAACAAAUGCAUGCAAUGCACCAAAUGCCCCUAAUGCACGUGUCAAUUCAAUUGCACAUGAAGGUUAAACAGGGGUUAAUAAAAUGGUUUCCACCAGUUUUACGGAAACACCCUCUUUUCCUCUUGCAGUCUCGUCAUGACGUCAUGUCCUGGAGAUUUUUCUCAUUUCAUCGCAAAAUUGUUUCUUUCUUUUAAUUAUAUAAAAAACGCUGCACCGUUCCGGAGUCUCCGUUUGCCGAUGCCUCGAACGACGCCCGUGCUCUUGUCCCGCGCACCUUCAGCACCUCGGACAGCGCAAGACGCUGCCGGCAGGCGGUUUGUAGUCCCUUCGUCAUGCGCGCGCCUCUCCUGCACGACAGCGCGGAUGACGCUUGAGGACUUCAACAUCCGCGAUGCUGCACGCGGUGCGGCGCGACGUGCCGUCGUGACGCGGCGCGUGGCCGCGAGGCGUCGUAGUAACCGAGAGCGCUCGGUAACUCCACACUGGAGCCCGUAUUCCUGAACACGACUACGCGAGGGCUCGUUCGUAAGGCAGAGUUCAGUCACUAGCCGCUGCGCUGAGGUCGCGUUUCCGUUCAGAAGAAGGGAUUAUACACAGAAAAUGAGUCGCUUUUGUGUCACACCGGUACGUGAAUGACAUCUAAAAACGUUUUCUGUUUGUUGCUGCUGUUGUUGGACCGCUCGGGAGGAAGCGCGCGGCGAUGCGGGACGGUGAAAGAAAAAAAAACCGAGCAUCUGGUCGGGGAGCGGCGAUCCGGAAGCUGGACAUUAAUCGUGCUGUAGAUCUGAUGUGAAUCUGUAGAAGGAUCAUUUUAAUCUAACUGUCUGAUCACGUUUGAUCUGAACCUCUAGGCUGUACACUUCUUGCUGAGUUCUAGAUUAAACCUGACGUUUAAUCCCACGCCUAACCGAGACGUUUCUCCUCCUCAUGUUCACAUCAGCACUACAAGAUUUCUACUGGUUCUGAUUUUAUUCUUUAUCUUUCAUGUCAGUCCGUUUAUACUCAAUGAAAGUGCUCGCUAUUAUCCUGCUGUGAUUUCUGAAACCAAAUAUCUCUAAGACGCCGCUCCUCUGUAGGCUACACGCCCCCUACAUUUUAUAUUCCAGGUGUUAAGGAGAACAGAGAGUUGUACUGGUACUCUGAUGUUGCUCGUGUGAGCCAGGCAGUGGCGCUGAAGAGGGCGCUGAAGAGGGCGCGAACAUGGCCGAUAAGACGGCGCCACGCUGCCAGCUUCGGCUUGAGUGGGUUCACGGCUACCGGGGUCACCAAUGCCGCAACAACCUCUACUACACAGCCGGGAAGGAGAUUGUGUACUUUGUGGCUGGGGUCGGUGUCGUCUACAACACCAGGGACCACACACAGAAGUUUUACCUGGGACACAAUGAUGACAUCAUUAGUCUUGCUCUUCACCCUGAUAAGAUCCAGGUGGCCACUGGUCAGGUGGGCAAAGAUCCUUACAUUUGUGUUUGGGACUCAUACACGCUGAUAACUGUAUCCAUCUUGAGAGAUGUCCACACACACGGUGUAGCCUGUUUGGCUUUUGACGCUGAUGGACAGCGGUUGGUGUCUGUUGGCCUUGAUGCAAAAAACACAGUGUCUGUAUGGGACUGGAAGAAGGGGCGUGUCCUGGCAACCGCCACAGGACACUCAGAUAGAAUAUUUGAUAUUUCGUGGGAUCCUUUCCUGCCACACAGGCUGGUAAGCUGCGGAGUGAAACAUAUUAAAUUCUGGACGUUAUGUGGCAAUGCACUGACACCCAAAAGGGGGAUCUUUGGAAAGACAGGAGACCUGCAGACUAUACUGUGUUUGGCAACAGCAAAGGAAGAGGUGACAUACUCAGGUGCAUUAAAUGGAGAUAUCUACGUGUGGAAGGGACUAAACCUGGUGCGGACCAUACAGGCGGCUCAUGGGGCCGGAAUCUUCAGCAUGCACUCGUGUGAGGAAGGUUUUGCCACCGGAGGCCGUGAUGGCUGUGUAAGACUCUGGGAUGUGGACUUUAAACCCAUCACCAAGAUUGACCUAAAGGAGGCUGAGCAGGGAUAUAAGGGUCUGUCUAUCCGGAGUGUAUGCUGGAAGGCGGACCGUAUUUUAGCUGGGACGCAGGACAGCGAGAUAUUUGAGGUAAUGGUGCGAGACAGAGAUAAACCUCUUCUGGUCAUGCAGGGUCACUCUGAGGGCGAACUCUGGGCUCUCGAUCUUCAUCCCAAACAGCCGAUCGCCGUGACAGGCAGUGACGAUCGAUCAGUCCGACUUUGGAGCCUUUCCGAUCACACCCUCAUUGCACGCUGUAACAUGGAGGAAGCUGUUCGUAGUGUGUGCUUCAACAAUGAUGGCUCUCAGCUUGCUUUAGGCAUGAAGGAUGGCUCGUUCACUGUGCUGAGAGUCAGGGACAUGACAGAAGUGGUCCACAUCAAGGACAGAAAGGAGGUGAUUCACGAGCUGAAGUUCUCUCCAGAUGGUUCCUACCUGGCUGUAGGGUCUAACGAUGGCCUGGUGGACAUCUAUGCUGUGGCACAGCGCUACAAAAAAGUUGGCGAGUGCAACAAAUCCUCUUGCUUCAUCACCCAUCUGGACUGGUCUGUAGACAGCCGUUUCCUGCAGACCAAUGAUGGUGCAGGGGAGAGAUUAUUCUACAGGAUGCCAGCUGGGAAAUUCCUUCCUAAAGACGAGGCCAAAGGGAUCCACUGGAUGACCUGGACCAGUGUCUUAGGGCCUGAAGUAAAUGGGAUUUGGCCCAAGUACGCCAAUGUUAACGAUAUAAACUCUGUGGAUGCUAACUACAGCAAUGCAGUGCUGGUGACCGGUGAUGACUUUGGGCUUGUCAAGCUUUUCCGCUUCCCAUGUCUUAAAAAAGCUGCCAAAUUUAAGAAGUAUAUCGGUCAUUCCGCCCAUGUCACCAACGUGCGCUGGUCACAUGACCUGCAAUGGGUGGUGAGCACGGGCGGAGCCGACCACUCCGUGUUCCAGUGGAGGUUUUUGCCUGAGGGUGUGAUGAAUGGCGUUCUGGAGCCACUUCUACAAGAGGGCUACGCUGACUCCAACAGUGGCGAGUCAGACUCGGACCUCUCCGAUGUUCCAGAGCUGGACUCUGACAUUGAGCAGGAAGCUCAGAUGAAUUAUGAACGUCAGGUUUAUAAGGAGGAUCUGCCUCAGCUCAAGAAGAAACUGGUGGGCUCUCUGAAAAGGCAAAAAGCUCCAGAUGAAGGGCUACGGCUACAGUUCGUCCAUGGGUAUAGGGGUUGUGACUGCAGGAAUAAUCUGUUUUACACACAGGCUGGGGAGGUGGUAUAUCAUGUAGCUGCUGUAGCUGUGGUCUAUAACAGGCAGCAGCACAGCCAGCGCUUUUACCUUGGCCAUGACGAUGACAUUCUGAGCCUCACUGCACAUCCACUGAAGGAUUAUGUAGCCACAGGGCAGGUGGGCAGGGACCCAGCCAUCCAUGUUUGGGAUGUCCAGACUCUGAAGUGUUUGUCCGUGUUGAGAGGACAGCACCAGAAAGGAGUGUGUGCUUUAGAGUUCACAGCGGAUGGAAAGAACCUGUUGUCUGUGGGCAUCGAUGAGAGCCACUGCAUAGUGAUCUGGGACUGGAAGAAGGGCGAGAAACUGGCCAAGGCAAAGGGACAUAAAGACAAGAUCUUUGUGGUGAAGGGGAACCCAUUCCGUAUGGACAAGCUGGUCACAGUGGGUGUAAAGCAUAUAAAGUUUUGGCAGCACACAGGAGGUGGACUGACAUUUAGAAGAGGUAUAUUUGGCAACUUGGGCAAGCAGGAGACCAUGAUGUCGGCUUGCUAUGGGCGCUCCGAAGACCUGGUGUUUUCAGGGGCCACCACAGGAGAUGUUUACAUCUGGAAAGACACAACACUAAUAAAAACUCUAAAAGCUCACGACGGCCCUGUGUUUGCCAUGUGCUCCCUAGACAAGGGAUUUGUGACCGGAGGGAAGGAUGGGAUCGUGGAGCUUUGGGAUGAUAUGUUUGAGAGGUGUUUGAAGACCUAUGCCAUCAAGAGGGCUGCACUCUCACCUUCAUCCAAAGGCCUGCUGCUAGAGGAUAACCCCUCGAUGCGAGCUAUCACUCUUGGGCAUGGUCACAUACUAGUGGGCACCAAGAAUGGAGAAAUCCUCGAAAUUGACAAGAGUGGCCCUAUGACUCUACUUGUUCAGGGCCAUAUGGAGGGUGAGGUUUGGGGUCUUGCUGCUCACCCCUUGCUGCCUAUAUGUGCCACUGUGAGUGAAGACAAAACACUGCGCAUCUGGGAGCUUUCUGCUAACCAUCGAAUGGUGGCAGUUCGCAAACUCAAAAAAGGUGGUCGAUGCUGUGCCUUCUCCCCGGAUGGAAAAGCCUUAGCAGUGGGUCUGAAUGAUGGCAGCUUUUUGGUAGUGAAUGCAGACACUCUGGAGGAUAUGGUGACCUUUCACCACAGAAAGGAGAUCAUUUCUGACCUCAAGUUCUCUCAAGAUGCUGGAAAGUACCUAGCUGUGGCCUCCCAUGAUUCCUUUGUGGACAUCUACAAUGUACUGACCAGUAAACGAGUGGGUAUUUGUAAAGGAGCGACAAGCUACAUCACCCACAUCGAUUGGGACACUCGUGGCAAAUUGCUGCAAGUAAACACUGGUGCCAAAGAACAGUUAUUUUUUGAAGCUCCUCGUGGGCGGAGACAAAACAUCUCCAAUGCUGAGUUUGAGAAGGUGGAAUGGGCCACAUGGACAUCUGUCUUAGGCACAACAUGUGAGGGAAUCUGGCCUACACUUAGCUUUGUCAAUGCCUCUUCACUUACCAAAGACAGGAAAUUGCUGGCGACGGGAGACGACUUUGGCUUCAUCAAACUGUUCAGCUUUCCGUGUAAGGGUCAGUUUGCCAAGUUUAAAAAGUAUGUAGGUCAUAGUGCCAAUGUGACGAAUGUUCGUUGGUCAAAUGAUGACACUACGCUGCUGUCAGUGGGCGGUGCCGACACGGCACUGAUGAUCUGGGCGAGAGAAGGGAUUGGACCACGUGAGAGUAAAGCUGUCGACAGCGAAGAAUCUGAUGAUGAUGCAGAAGAAGACGGGGGAUAUGACAGCGAUGUGGCUCGAGAAAAGAACAUGGACUACACCACAAAAAUAUAUGCCGUCAGCAUCAGAGAGAUGACAGGUGUUAAGCCGCACCAACAGCAAAAGGAGAUUCUAGUGGAUGAGCGGCCACCAGUAAGCCGAGCAGCACCGCUACCGGAGAAACUGGUUAAAAACAACAUCACCAAGAAGAAGAAACUAGUGGAGGAGCUGGUGCUCGACCACGUUUUUGGAUACAGAGGCUUUGACUGUCGUAACAAUCUGCACUACCUCAACGAUGGAGCUGACAUCAUCUUCCACACAGCUGCUGCAGCUGUGAUCCAGAACCUUUCUGCUGGUACUCAGAGUUUUUACCUCGAGCACACAGAUGAUAUCCUAUGCCUCACCGUCAAUCAACACCCCAAAUAUCAAAAUGUCAUUGCCACGGGCCAGAUUGGCGAGAUCGCUGAUCUGCCAGGCCUAGCCCCCUCCAUUCACGUGUGGGAUGCUAUGAGUAAACAGACCUUAUCAGUGCUCCGCUGCUCGCAUGCUAAAGGAGUCGGCUAUGUCAACUUCAGUGCCACCGGCAAGCUGCUGCUGUCUCUAGGAGUGGAUCCAGAGCAUACCAUCACUGUCUGGCGCUGGCAGGAAGGAACUAAAGUAAGCAGUAAGGCCGGACACUCUGACCGUGUCUUUGUGGUGGAGUUUAGGCCAGAUUCGGACACACAGUUUGUGUCUGUUGGGAUAAAACACAUUAAGUUCUGGACGCUGGUUGGAGGCUCACUGCUAUAUAAGAAGGGUGUGAUUGGAGCAGUGGAGGAGGCCAGGAUGCAGACUAUGCUGUCUGUGGCUUUUGGUGCUAAUAACCUGACUUUUACUGGCGCCAUAAAUGGCGAUGUAUAUGUCUGGAGGGAUCACUUUUUGGUGCGUGUAGUGGCCAAAGCUCAUACUGGACCCGUCUUCACCAUGUACACCACCCUCAGAGACGGGCUUAUAGUCACAGGGGGCAAAGAGAGACCAACUAAAGAGGGUGGAGCUGUAAAGUUGUGGGAUCAGGAGAUGAAGAGAUGUCGGGCAUUUCAGCUGGAAACAGGUCUCCCUGUGGAAAGCGUCCGAUCUGUUUGCAGGGGAAAGGGGAAAAUCUUGGUGGGAACAAAAGAUGGUGAGAUCAUAGAGGUGGGAGAGAAGAACGCUGCAUCCAACACACUAAUAAACGGGCACACACAGGGGCGCAUCUGGGGUCUGGCCACACACCCCUGCAAAGAUCUCUUCAUCUCAGCCAGCGAUGACGGAUCCAUCCGCAUCUGGGAUGUAGCAGACAAGAAACUUCUGAACAAGGUGAGCCUGGGUCACCCGGCCAAGUGCACAGCAUUCAGUGCUAAUGGUGAAAUGGUGUCCAUCGGCAUGGAGAACGGAGAGUUUAUUGUCCUGCUCGUCAACUCACUCACUGUGUGGGGCAAGAAAAGAGACCGCAAUGUUUCCAUUCAGGACAUACGAUUCAGCCCUGAUAACCGCCUCUUGGCUGUGGGCUCUGUGGAAAGCACUGUUGAUUUCUAUGACCUAACCCUUGGCCCUGCCCUCAAUCGCAUCGGUUACUGCAAAGACAUCCCCGGCUUCGUCAUUCAGCUCGACUUCUCCGCUGACAGCAAGUUCAUAGCGGUGUCUACAGGAAGCUAUAAGCGUCAGGUUCAUGAGGUCCCCAGUGGGAAGAUAGUGACCGAUUCUGUUGCUGACAGAAUCACCUGGGCCACCUGGACCAGUGUGCUCGGUGAUGAGGUGUUGGGUGUUUGGCCACGAAAUGCUGACAAGGCUGACGUGAACUGUGUCUGUGUAUCUCAUGCUGGACUUAACGUGGUCACCGGAGACGACUUUGGCCUCGUCAAGCUCUUUGACUUCCCCUGCUCAGAGAAAUUUGCCAAACAUAAACGCUACUUUGGCCACUCAGCUCACGUGACCAACAUUCGCUUCUCCUACGAUGACAAAUAUGUAAUAAGUGUUGGAGGCAAUGACUGCAGUGUGUUUGUAUGGCGAUGUCUGUGAUAAGAUCUGACCGACAGCAGAGGGGAAACUUUUCUGGAGCCUCUCCUCCAUACCUCUAGUAAAUAAAUGCUGCACACCUUCUAAUGCUGCAUCUGAUCAAUGAAGAUUAUGAACUUGAAUUAAACUUUAGUUGAUAGUACUGAAGAAAUAACACGAUCAUGUUUGUCAUCAUUCUGUGUUAAAAAAAGAAGAAGAAGAAGAAGAAGAAGAAUCUACUCUAUAUAAAUAAAGUGCAAUCUUUACAUGCUCUUAUACUUUCAUAAACAUAGAGUUAAAACAUAAUCAUGCCAAUAUUUACUAGAUAAAUGUAUUUAUUUAUUUAUUUAUUUAUUUAUUUAGUUUUUGACAUCGAGUGCCUUAAACACACUGUUGCUGAGUUUCACCCACAUGAUUUAAUGAUGCAUAUCUGGUGCUAUAUGGAACUUGUUUGAUUUUAGGGCUUUGAAUGGUCUGUAAAACUUCAUCACAUUAUGCAAACUCUUCUUUUUUUUUUUACUUUAUAUUUUGUACAUUAUUGUAUCUAGUUACACUCUCUAGCUCUUCCUCUUAUCUAAUAUGUAUCCAAAAAGAAAAAAGAAAAAACCCUCGGGACUCAGGAGCCUGUUUAUGGCAUAAUCACUGUAAUGAAAUAUUUGUAGAUGUUUUGGACGUGUGCUAUUUUUGUUAAAAGAUCAGAUUUAUUUUUACGUGUGUACGUAUUAAUGUAUGAAGUAUGCAACUCAAUUGGUCACUUAAAAAAAAGCGAAAAGACUCCAAAAUGAAUAGGAAAUUGGUGUAACAAUGUUGUGUGUAUUGCAAUGCGCAGUUUGUAGCCAAUGAUGUGAUGGCAAACGUAUCUGUUGUGUACAGAUAUACAAAAUAAUAUCUGUAAUGUGUCUAUGUUUUUGUAUUGUAUUGUCAGGAUAGAGCUAAAUGUACCUGAAAGCUAUAAAAUGCAUGGUUCUGAAAUUGUCAUGUUCUAAUGUAGAUGAUUGACUG